AUGAUGGCUUCGACCGCGAGUUAUCCUAUUGUCCGAAGCCAGCAGAUAUUGUCGCCGAAGAGCUCGGAGAAGCCGUAUUUCGAAACGACAAUGAAAUCAAACGGCGGCGACAGAAACUUCACGGAUGACGACGCAUUGUCCGAUGAAACUAAAGUUGAAGAGCUACAUGAACUCUCAGAAGUGUGUGCGGUUUCUGCGAGAAUCGGCGAUGAGCAGCCAAAUGGAGAAGCUCAAGGAAAUGUUGAGAACGGACUGCCAGAAGGCAAUAAGCAGUCAAAGAAUGAACCCAAGCCGUCGUCGACACGCGAGUAUUCAGCUCCAUUUAAUCCAGAAAAAAAAGAAGAUUUCCAAUACAUCUUUUCCGCGGAUGUGGCCGUCAACUCGCCGGAACAAACCGAAACGUUCAACCUGAUUCCGUCUGGUCGAGACAUUUCUGAGGUAUAUUAGUUUUGCCUGACACAACGAUACUGAUAGUUUUAGAAAUCUUCAUCGCACGAGCCUAUUUCGCCAGGUGUUGCUCCAAAUUUUGACUCGACCAAAUGUGCUGUGAAAACCAAUCAGUUCAAUGCAUCAUCCGAUACAUCAAAAAGUUGCAAUCAACACGAAUUCACCGCGAUUCCGGCAGAAAUUAAUGAUAAGCAACCGGAUGGAGAAACGCCAUCUGCGUCAUGUAGCAAAGCUGCUUUCGAAUUGAAAAACAUCCAGAACGAUUCUGAAACAAACGGACGCUUUUCUGACAUUCCUCAACAAGAAAGUGAACCUGAACACACGAAUGGAAACACGUUGAAAUCGGUCGUCAACCUGCCAGAACGCGCUGAAACUGAAGAAAUCAUCAGCGAAAAUUCGGGUGAAAUGAACAUUCUGGACAAAAUUGACUCUCCUCGGGCCGGUCAUGGCAUCUCUGAGGUACACUCACUUCAUCUGCAAUCCUUAGAAAUUCAAUUUUCAGAAUUCUCGCUUGCAGAGCCCUGUUCUUCCCAGUGAUGCCACCAAUUUUGAACCGACUGAGUCUGAAGCACCUGUGAUUCCAGGUGAAGUCGACAAUAAGCAGCCGAAUGGAGAGACCUCUCCGACAGCGAAUAAAGAGUUGCACAAUGGUCUUGGAUCGGCUAGAGCAGAUUCAGUUGAUGUGGAUCGUCCAAUUGAAGAAGACGCUUUGAAACACGACGUUGCUUCGACAGAAAGCGACGUCCAGCUCUCGUCGACACUGGAGUCGGACCCGAUGACUUCUGAAGCGGAUACACUGUUGGCUGCUGACAAACUUGGUGAUGAUGAAGAUCCUUACGUCAAAAAUGGAGUCCACUCACUGGAACAAGCCAAGACAAUCAACCAAGUCCAGAAUGAGGCUGAAAGCCGUGAAGUGGAUUUCCAUGCUCAGGAUGAUGAAGAUGUUACUGAGGUAUACUCGAUUUUUCAGACACAACAACACUGUAAUUUUCAGAAAUCACAACCACCAGGACCUCUCUUACCAAGUGUUGCUCUAAGUCUUGAUGCGAAUGAAUCUGUCUCCCAAAAUAAGGCAAUUUCGCUGCCGGAGAGCUCAGAGAAACCGUCUUAUGAAACUGUUAUGGAAUCUAAUGGAAUCAACAGAUAUUCCACAAACGAGGAAUCAUGCAAUAAAAUGGCAGUUGAGAAAAAAGAUGGACUCUCCGGAGCGCCUGCAGUUCUUGAUGAAAACGAUGAUGAUGGGAAGGAAUUGAACAAUUCGAUGUCGUCUGCAGUGCUUGAGCAAAAACAUCCUCCAAAGAGAAUGAACGGCGAAAACGAUAUAACUCCUGUGCAAGCAUCGUCAACACCAGAGUCCUCAACUCCAAUUGGCGAUCAAUCUGACUUUCCAAUACUCCAACAUGAGUCGACUAAAUUCUCAGCGGGAGCCGAGCGAAUGAAGGAUGAACCACUCGAACCUCUGAAGGAGAAAAGCAAGUGUUCCAGUCAGAAACUGUACCCAACAACUGUUCAUAAAGACCCUCAACCCGACAAACCGAUCAACCUGGUCAAAGUUGAACGUCCCGCACCCUCCAAUACGGACUGCUCGGACGGGGAUCCAGGCAUGGUUGCUGAGAUGGGAAGUUCCGUUUCGCCGAGCUGUGCAAUCUCUCCAGAAAGUGGACGCGGUUCGGAGCAUAAAAACGCGGCCGCUAGUUUGUUUCCACAGCGAGAAGUCGCGACUGAUGCUCCAGACGUCAUUUAUCUGGGGAAACGCAAGCGAGAAGGACCCUCAGCAUUCAAGCUGUAUAAAGAUGUGAAGCGCCGUCGAGAAAUACCACAGAUUCCCAACGACGUCUGGCUUGAGUUUCCAACAACGCCUGCCGAGAAACAUGUUCCUGUCGUCGACAAGCUUGAUAGAAGUUUGUUUUUCCAUUGAUUCUCUGAAUAAAGACUAGUUUCAGUGCCUUCGUUCGUUACCGAUACGUUCGAGAAGCUCCGUAAGCUCGAGUCAACUCCAUUCCGUUUUGGCUACACGCAUUACGACGGUCUCGUUAGCUACCAUCGUCCAAUUGCAAGCACGGAGUCUUCGGUGCCAGGAACUUCGUCGCAGCGACAUCUACUGCCCGAGAUAGAAGAAAAAUUGACCGGAUUUUUCACAAUUUGA